GUGUUCUCUUUGUUAAGUCCGAUUGUCCGGUUUGAGCACUUGAAACAGCUUCGAUCGCCCAAAAGAAGCUCAACUACAGCGAGGCAGGCGGAGGGGGUAAAAUUUAAGCUCUCAAGCCAGAACAGGCAUAUUAAAACUCUGAUCUCAAUACCGCCAAACGGUGUACACUGUUUUUUAAGGUUCCCUUAGGCCUUCUUGUGUCCUUCGACCUCAUCACCAACCUUCAACCUCAACCAACCAACCAACCAACCAACCCGAGUCAAGAGAACCAACCAACGGACAUCCACCCAUAUCAAUCAACCAACCAACCAACCAAUCAGCUUCAUAAGCUCACCACGCACACACACACACACCAGAACCAUCGGAAUACAUACUCACAUCAGCAUGCCUGACCUCGAUCCAAGGGAACCUACUACUACUACCACCACUACUACCACUACCACUACCGACAAGAAGAACUCUUCCGCAUCAAAACCUAGUCCAUCCUCUCCCUCCUCACGAGCCAGGAAGGAAUCGAGACAUGAUGUGGUAGGCGUGGAGUCGAACGAUCUGAAGCAGCCGAUCCCGAAGCCGGCCACGACGACGACGGGUGCAGAAGAGGGAGGAGGGACGAAGAGGACGGGAGAAGAGAGAGGGAAGGACGAGGAUCCGGGGCCCAAGCAGCCAUCCUCCUCCAUCCAGAGCCCUGCCCGCACCACCCCCAAGACGACGAUAGCCAAUUCGACAAAUCCUGCUGCUGCUCAUUCGGACGAGGACGAGGAGGAUGGUGGGACAGAGGAAUCGGCGGCCUCGAAAGACCAUACCGAUCAGUCUCAUGAAGACCAGGCUUCGGCCUCCGCUGCCGAGGAAGACACCGGCCCGUUGGUCGACAUGGAAACUUUCGGCCAGUUGCUCGAAAUGGAUGACGACGAGGAACACUCCUUCAGUAAAUCAUUAACUUGGGAUUAUUUCGAUCAAGCUGUGACUACUUUCAAAGAAAUGGAUGCUGCUGUGCUCGGAGGGGAUUUGAUCACGUUAUCUAGGAAAGGACAUUUCCUGAAAGGGUCGUCGGCAGCACUAGGCCUGAACCGCGUAAAAGCAUCCUGCGAAAAAAUGCAACACUAUGGGAAUAAGAAGAGGGCUAAUGGGGAAGGUGCCUUGUCCGAAUCGGAAGCCAUGCACAGAUGUAAAAACCUUCUCAAUCAACUCAAAGAAGAACAAAAACUUUCCAAGGCGUGGUUGGAGAGGUUCUAUGCUGAACGUAACGUCUGAAACCAUCUCAAAGGUAUAUAUAUAUAUAUUUAUAUAUUCAUCGAAAAACAUCGUCAUCCAUCUUCGUCAUCAUCCAUCUUCAUUGUCAUCAUCAUAUAUCGUAUUUAUCGUAUUUAUCUUUCUUACACUUCUCAAAAGGCACAUACAUACACACACACAAAAAGACACAAAAAAGAAGAAAAUCAAAACAAAACAAAAAGUAGAAGAAGAAGAAGAAGAAAAGAUUAUUAUACAUUGUCAUGAUUUGAUUUGAUUUUAACUGUUAUCAGAUUUCUUUCAUAUUUAUCUUUAUCUUUUUUCAAGCUCUCUUUGACCAUCACUUAUGAAGAUUUUUUUUACAAAAAAAACAUUGAAAAAAGAAGUACUGGUAGUAGUAGAAGUAGAAGAAGAAGAGGAGGAAGAGGAAGAAGAAGAAGAAGAAGAA